CAGAUUUCUAGGGUUUUGACUUUUGACUUUCAGCUUCAUAUAAAUCACCUUUGAGAAUCCUCUUGUGUCCGCCAUCUACAAGCUGUUGCAUAGAGAUUUGAGGUACCGCACGAAAAAAUGGUUCAGAGACUCACUUACCGGACCCGCCAUAGCUACGCCACCAAAUCCAAUCAGCACAGAGUUGUCAAAACUCCCGGGGGGAAGCUGGUGUAUCAGACCACUAAGAAGAGAGCUAGCGGACCCAAAUGUCCAGUCACCGGCAAGAGGAUCCAAGGGAUUCCUCAUUUGAGGCCUGCUGAGUAUAAGAGGUCCAGAUUGCCUAGAAACCGAAGGACUGUGAACCGUCCUUAUGGUGGUGUUUUAUCUGGAAGUGCCGUAAGGGAGAGGAUUAUUCGGGCUUUCUUGGUGGAAGAACAAAAAAUCGUGAAGAAGGUCUUGAAGAUUCAGAAGGCAAAGGAAAAGCUAGCUUCUAAGAGUUAAAACCUGCGUUAUGUUUUUCUGCAGAAGCCUUUUUUGUUUUGCCUAUGAUGAUGAUGAAAGAGAUGUGGAUCUUUUGUUAGUUGUUAAGUGCUUCAUGUUUUUCUUUCGUAUCGUAAAGCCUCAAAACGUUAUGCGAAAUUACUUUUGGCUCUUUUGAUCAGUUUACAACUAUGUACAUCUGCCGACAUAAAACUCAGUGUGAUGUUUAUGAAUGCUGAUGCUUGCCUGUGUUUUGUUAUUGGUAUGUUAACUAUGUUUUGG